CAAGGCAUCUGCCAGAGUCCCAAGCUAGAGAGCCAGCUUCCUUGCCACUGAAUCGCUGCUCUGCAGAAGCCCCAGUGAAGACCAUGUCCCUGUUUUCAUCCCUCCCCCUCCUUCUCCUGAGUGUGGUGGCAGCAUGUUACUCAGAAACUGUAACCUCUGAGGACAUCCAAAAGACCUGCCCUGUGAUUGCCUGUGGUACUCCAGGCAUCAAUGGCUUCCCAGGCAAAGACGGACGCGAUGGCACCAAGGGAGAAAAGGGAGAACCAGGCCAAGGGCUCAGAGGCUUGCAGGGCCCUCCUGGAAAGGUGGGGCCUGCAGGAAACUCAGGACCCCCUGGGUUACCAGGAGCAAAGGGCCAAAAAGGAGACCCUGGAAAAAGCCGAGAUUGUGAUUGUAGCCUGGCUGCUUCAGAAAGAGAAGCUCUGCGAUUAGAAUUGGAUCGUAUCAACAAGUGGCUGACAUUCUCUCUGGGCAAAAAAGUUGGGCAGAAGAUCUUCUUGACCAAUGGUGAAAAGAUGACCUUUGACAGAGUGAAGGCUCUAUGUGCCCAGUUCCAGGGCUCUAUGGCCAUCCCCAGGAAUGCCGAAGAGAACAGGGCCAUCCAGAAUCUCGUCAAGGAGGAGGCCCUCCUGGGCAUCACAGAUGAGAAGACAGAAGGCCAGUUUGUGGAUUUGACAGGAAGUAGACUUACCUACAUGAACUGGAACAACGGUGAGCCCAAUGAUGCUGGCUCUGGGGAAGAUUGCGUAGUGUUCCUGACAAAUGGCAAGUGGAAUGACAUUCCCUGUUCCUCCUCCUUUUUGGCAGUCUGCGAGUUCUCUGUCUGAAGAAACACUCCUCCCUUUACUGCAGCCCACAGUGUGCUUGGGAAUAUAAAUUCUAUCAAUGACCCAGUAUUGAGUCAUUCCAUUGUGGGCAAUUGGAGAGAAUGAGGAGCAUGGAUUAAACAAUGGGAUGUGGAAGUGAGAAGUGGGAAGAACCCGACAAUGGUACAAUGAGAGUUUCUGUUUCAGUCUCAGUCACUAAACAUGAUCACUACCACAAACAACAAAAUAGUAAAAAUAGUAGUAGUAGUAGUACUAAUAAUACAUUUUUUAUAUUUACUAUCAGACAGACUCUACGUUUUGUACUUAUAUUAAUUAUCUAAUUUAAUUAAGCUAUAAUACUUUUGAUAGAGUGAGGUUCACUUGCUAAGGUAUAAACAUGUAAGGCUGUGUUGAGCCUUUCUCUUUGGAUAGAAAGCUCCUCUAAAGAAAUCACCCAGCCUAAUCCCAUAGCUUUUCAGCUAGUCUCAAGUAUUUAGAGGAUGAAUCUGUUUUGUAGCUUUCUCUCUUUCUUUUUAAUGGGAUAUUAAACUAUGUAAAGACACAAAUCUCAAGUGAACAGAUUAAUGAAUUCUCACACACAUACACACCCAUGUGUCUACCUUCUAGAUCAAGAUAGAGGACAUUUCUAGUACCUGAGAAGCACCUUUAUAACUACUCCUAGUACUAACUCCUAGGUAAAUACUAUUCUGACCUUGAUUACUAUAUUUUAAUUUUGUCUGUUUAUGAACUUUACAUAUAGAGAGAAUUAUUCUAUACAUACUGUUUUAUGUCUUGUUUUUUUAACU